GAUUCAUUUGCUUGCUUCCUUUGAUUGUUUAUUCAUUUGCCGGACACCUAAUUGAUAUCAACCUCUAAGCUGACCUUGCGCUUUAGGACUCCACAAUUAAUGGUGUAGUAUAUAGUGUGCUAAGUUAUUAUCAAUAGGCAUUUCUGGGUUUACAAAUAUUGCAGACUUUGAUAUUCUAGAAAAGCUUUAGGACUCCAGAAUAACAAUAUGGUACAUGUUUAAUAUAAUGCUACUAUUUAGCAAUUGCUUCGCUUUGCCUAGUACAUUGAUGACCUCUAUAUUUCCUCCACUUGCUGCCUUGUGAAUUGCUAAGGAGCCUUCCGUAUCAAUUUCGUAUGCACAAUCCUCGAAUUCCUUGUCCUGCAUCAUGUACUCAACCACUUCAAGGUUACCUGUCAAGGCUGCAUAAGAUAGUGGAGUCUGUGAAGAAGAGAAUAGGGUCAGAGUGCUUGGUGGAUGAGGCCACUGGUUCAGUGGCUGGAAAGCCUGGCCAGCCUGUUGCUAGUCUUCCUCCCAUAAGUGCUGUUAGGCUAGUACAAAUGAGUAAAGCAGUGAGAUGGCUUGUGAUUGAAUUGCCGCAAGGUUCUGGAAACAACGGUGGAUCUUCACACCUAAACCCUUCUACUCCGUUUGACGCUAGGUUCUCUGAGGAUACUACUCAAUAGCUUAAGUGUUUCUGACAAAUUUUUGUGUCAUCUUAGUUAAAUAAUGGUGAACCAAUGAGUGCA